GCUGCAUACGAGCUUAAAGCACGAGGCUCUCCGUACCCACCCUGACCCGUCUCUUAUCAACACUUGCAAUGUCACACUGCUUAAAAGGUUUAGCCAAAUAUUAUAAAAAUAUUCAUAAUAAUCGGUUACAUUGUAACAACAACAAUAAUAAUAAAUUGUCAAGCCGGAACCAUUGAACUCGCAGCUCCCCGCCGUUCGGGGAGCCAUUCUAUCGCUGCACGCCACAAAUCCGAGGUUUGGCGGCUGUUUACUGCAGUGUUGUAUCUGCUUGGAGACGCUUCUUGGGUGGAGGAAAAGUUCAGGAAAACAGCUAAUAUUUUCAGACCUGCGUGAUACCUCGUCUGACGGCUUUCGGUUGGGUGGAUCUUUGGAAGCGCUCGACAGACUGUGGUGUUUUCCAUCAGUUCUGUUCUUCAUCGCAGUGACACAACACUUCGAGUUGGUUAUUGUGAAACAAGAAGGAGAAAGACGCCAUUGAGGCGACAGGAAAACAGAGAGAGAGACCGAGUAGGUGGAAGUGAAGCGAGGGCUGCCAGUCGCGGUCUGAUGAGCCGCCCGUUGCGGCGGUGAAGAACUUUAAUCGAAGUGCGGCCUGGUUGGCGUGAUAAGCUUCGGACUCGAGUGACUUAAGUGACUGCUGAGAGAGCGAGAAGCGCGGCCACCUCCAGCGGACAUGCCGGGUCUGGUCGUGUUCGGCAGGCGUUGGGGAAUUGCCAGCGAUGACCUGGUAUUUCCUGGAGCUUUUGAGCUGUUCGGCAGGACAAUAUGGUGGAUUGUGAUCCUUGUGCUGUACUCAAUGCACAAGGGGCAGUUUGACUGCAUCGGCGGUGGGAUCCUGCACAGCUACCUGAUCGUCCUUCUGUCCCUCUUGGCACUGAUCAUCCUCACGCUUAUGGCAAUCAUUUAUGUCAGCAUGCAAGGUACAAUCACAAACCCUGGCCCGCGGAGGUCUAUCCCAACUCUUAUUUACAUCCGGGCCAUCCUGUACAUCCCAGAGCUGGUCUGGGCCUGCCUGGGUGCCGUUUGGGUGUCUGACACCAGCCUGGGCUGUGAGGUGUCCGUCGUCAGAGCCGUGAUCGGAGCAGUAAUAGCCAGCUGGAUCGUCCUCUUCUUAACGGCAGUCACCAUCAUGAUUGUCUUUGACCCACUGGGCCGGAAGAGGCCAGCAUACUUCAGCGUCUCUGAGGAUCACAACCUGGAGAGCAGCGACUCGGCCCAGCUGCUGUACACGGCCCGCUCGCUGGCAGCCCGUGUCUGGGAGAACCGCAUCCGGCUCCUGUGCUGCUGCAUCAUGAAAGACGACGACCACCGGGCUGCCUUCUCCAACAUCGGUCAGCUUUUCAGCGACUUCUUUUCGGAUACCGACCUGGUGGCCAGUGACAUCGCUGCCGGCCUCUCUCUGAUUCAUCAGGAGCAAGACAAGAUGGAACAGUGCCGAGAUCUGGACGAGGUGGUGUCCAGCACUCCUCUCAGCUACCCGAGUGAAGACCUGGACUUGGAGAUUGAGCGCUCGGCACACUACAUGCGAUUUGCUGUGGCUGCCUAUGGUUGGCCCAUGUUCGUCUUCAGCCAGCCUCUGAUUGGAGUGUGUAAGCUGAGCGGAGACUGCUGCAGGAGGCGCUCCCCGGAGUAUGACAUUGUGGGAGGUGACCACCUGGGAUGUCACUUCACGUCCAUGCUGUAUACCACCGGCCUGCAGUACAGGGACUUCAUUUACAUCAGCUUCCACAACAAGAUCUACGAGAUUCCCUUUUUUGUGGCACUGGAUCACCAGAAGGAGGCGGUGCUGGUAGCCGUGAGAGGGACCCUGUCCCUGCGGGACGCCCUGACGGAUCUGUCGGCAGACUGCGAGACUCUGCACGUCGAAGGUGUGGUCGGACCGUGUUAUGCACACAAGGGCAUCACUCAAGCGGCCAACUACAUUUACAGGAAGCUCGUCAAUGAUGGCAUAUUGAACCAAGCGUUCACCAUCGCACCGGAGUACAGCCUGAUCAUCACUGGCCACAGUCUGGGCGCCGGCACGGCCGCGGUGCUCUCCAUCCUGCUGCGGAGCGCUUUCCCACGGCUCAGGUGUUAUGCCUUCUCACCCCCUGGGGGUCUGCUAAGCAAAUCUCUUGCCGACUACUCCAAAGGCUUCACAGUAUCUGUGGUUCUUGGGAAGGACCUUGUGCCAAGGUUGAGUAUUCCAAAUAUGGAGGAUCUGAAGAAGAGGAUUCUAAGAAUGGUCGCCAACUGUAACAAGCCAAAGUAUCGGAUCCUGCUGAGGGGCUGCUGGUACGAGAUGUUUGGUGGAAUGCCUGACGACUUCCCCACGGAGCUGGAGAGCCGACGGCAGGACCUAACUUUACCUCUGUUGGCCGACCACCCAUCGCCCUCUUACCAGAGCCUGGCAUCGGAUGACUCGUCCUCUAGCGGGCAGCAUCCUCCUCUGUACCUGCCGGGUCGCAUCCUGCACAUCACAGAGGAAGGUUCUUCUGGACGGUCUUGCUUCUCGGAUGUGAAAUACCGUGCCGCCUGGGCUGAGCAGCAGUCCUUCUGCAGCGUGCUCAUCAGCCCCAAGAUGAUCACGGAUCACAUGCCGGACGUCGUCCUCAAGGCCCUAACCGGCUUGACCCAGGACGGCCGUUACUUCUUUUGUCCGACCCCUCGGAACAAUUUAAAUGUGGUCUGAGUGGAUUUGCGUAAGGAGGACACUGUGUGUGCUACAGCACUUUAGUUUCAUAUAUUUUAUGAGAGAGCUGCCAGGGUGGGCCGAGACCCCUGCCUCCUCAUAUGACGGGCUGGUAGACUCUGCUCAGAGUUUGGCAUUUAAACCUAAAUGACUUGUGCAUGUGAAGCAACGAGCGAACCGAACCCCAACCCCAACCCCCCUUCUUCAGUUUCAAGACUUGUGUGACUUUUAACGUCCCGACAGGACUCUUCGUCGCACCCUGGCCCGUCUGCAGAGGUCAAGGCAGAACUGCUGCUGGGUAAUUUGAACAGCUGGUGUGACUCACUGCAAGAAAAGUGAGGAGAAAAUAAAAAGGCGCUGGGGAGAAAGGCAAUUGAAGUAACGAGCGGCGCGCCGUGGGCGCCAGCAGUCUGCAAACUACCAGGACUGGAAAAAGAGCAAAAAAAACAAACACUAAAGAUGAAGGAAACGGCGGGCGGGCGGACACCCGAGGAAGAAAAGUGCGUUCAUGGUGGUCAUGGAGGUGUUUCUAGUUCAUGUCAAUACACACCUGAUUUGUACUUCAAGCUGCAAUUUAUUCAGACGGUGGCCUGUUGGGUCUUUUUAUUAAAGUCCCAGAAUUUGUU